GUAAUCUAACAGAAUACGUUACAAGUUAUAUUUACAGCAUGUAUUCUGUAAUCUGUAGUGUAAUACAUUUCAAAAGUAACCCUCCCAACCCUGGAUUUAUGUAUACUAAAUUUACCUACAGUAAGUAAUAGCUUAAUCAAAUAAUAUUCCUUACAGAAUUAGCCUUCCGGGUACGCCUACAAAUUGACGUCACGGCCAAACAUGCACGUUUCAAUGGAGGUCCGGCGCGUCACGUGACUCUCGCACCAGUGAUUUGUCCUCUUCACGUCGCGGCUUGUGUUGAAAGAUGGCCGUAGUGGAGCAGCGCCCGCCCGCGCGGGAGGGAAUGCGGAUCGCGGUGCUGUGCGUGUGCUGGUACACCGUCAGCUCGGGCGGCAACGUGAUCAACAAAAUCAUUCUCAACAGCUUCCCAUAUCCGGUUACGGUCUCUCUUUUCCACAUCCUUUCCAUCAUCGUGUUUUUGCCGCCGCUGCUGCGCGCCUGGGGUGUCCAGCGCACGGAGGUAUCGGCCCGCUACUACCGCUGGUACAUCCUGCCGCUCGCCUUCGGGAAAUACUUCUCAUCAGUCUCUGCCCAUUUCAGCAUAUGGAAGGUUCCGGUGUCGUACGCGCAUACUGUGAAGGCCACCAUGCCCAUCUGGGUGGUUCUGCUGUCACGGAUCAUUAUGAAAGAGAAGCAAUCCACGAAGGUUUACGUGUCUCUUAUACCCAUCAUUGGCGGUGUCCUGUUAGCCACAGUCACCGAACUGUCAUUUGACCUCUCUGGAUUGAUCAGCGCUCUGGCAGCCACUCUCUGCUUCUCUUUACAAAACAUAUUCUCCAAAAAGGUCCUGCGGGAUACCAGAAUUCACCACUUGCAUUUGCUGAACAUACUAGGCUUUAAUGCACUUUUAUUUAUCUUGCCCACAUGGGUUUUAGUGGAUCUCUCCAGCUUCCUGAUGGAUGGAGACCUGUCUGAGGUUUCCAAUUGGACCGGAACAAUAGUGCUGCUCUUCAUUAGUGGUUUCUGCAACUUUGCACAGAACAUGAUAGCUUUUAGUGUGCUGAACCUGGUGAGCCCACUCAGUUAUGCUGUAGCCAAUGCGACAAAGAGGAUUAUGGUCAUCAGUAUAUCCCUGCUGAUGCUUAGAAACCCUGUCACCAGCUUCAACAUUAUGGGUAUGAUGACUGCAAUACUGGGCGUCUUUCUCUAUAAUAAGGCGAAAUAUGAUGCCAACCAGGAAGCCAAAAAGCAACUGCCAGUUUCAGUACAGGAUGUGGUUUCGUUCGACAAAGCCCAGUCCAACGGCGCCGUGCCGUUCUCCCACAACUCAGACUUUCAGCAUGGUCGGAGCACAGUGCUCACUGACCACUUUCAGUACAGCCGACAGGCCUACACGACAAACUACAACUCAAGCCAAUACGUUGUGUGAGCGCCUUGGAGAACUCUAAAGACUGAUCUUGGACCUCCGUACUUGAAAACGGACGGCUGCGUCUUUUGAAUGGACGAGGAAGCGUAGAAGUUGGCUGGAAAAGGAAUGUUUUCUCAUAAAAUCCUACUGUUUUUUUUUUUUUUUUUUUUUUUAAUAUAUAUAGGCCUGUUAUUUAUUUCAUAACAAACCUUAUAUUGUUUACUUUCCUUCUUGCUUCAAUGUCCGAUGGCAGUUUAUGAUAAAAAUGCUCAGUGGUGUGUGUAGAAUUAUAGGAUGGUGAUGGGAUUUCUUAAACUGUGGUGGAAAUCAUGAGCACUUUGGUUCAUAAUGGAUCAAGAUUUUUCUUUUGCACAGAUGCAUAUCAAUGCAGUUCAGAAUGUAAUGUGUCUUCGUUACCAUUCAUCACUGCUACUGGCAGUGAGUGACCGACAGGCUAACAGCGAGACCUCUGCCAUAUAUAACAUACACUGGGUCACUGCAAACACACAUGCAUCAGGGUAUUAGUCAAUAUUCUGUUUUUGCCUUUUGUUUGUAAAUAUUUAAUUUUUAUAGAAUAAGGUGCGGUGUUAGACCAUAUCAUGGACUGAAAGACUGAAAACAGCCUUUUGAAUGUCAAAUAUCUGUGAAGGAAUCUUUUUUUUUCCCCCCUUGGUGAGGGUUUAAUCAGACGGAGGUCACUGUUCAUGAUCACUUGUGUCAUGGUGUACAUUAACAUGCAUGAUUAUCAUUAGGUUUUUUUUUUUUGUUACUAAAGGGAAGACAAAAGGCCAAGUCUUGCAAUGAACUUUUAAUAUUGCUAUCAUCUUAUGGUCAAUGUUUAAUAUCUGGUUUUCAAUAUUCAGAGGACCAGAGGAUAAAGGUUUACAUGAAGGUCAUUUCAGUUUAUGGAAAGUAAAGAAUAGGAAUUGGGAUAAUCUAACAAUGAAGAGCUCUGCAGUCUUCAAAAACAGUUUAAAUUCUCCGUUCCUAGAAUGCAAGUUGGAAUGGAAAUACUCCGAAGAGACCUAUGUUUAUGAGCUGCUGUUACAUGUAGGUGACGAUAAGCUGGGUGAGAACAAUCCUAUAAAAAGGUGCAAUAUUCCUUUCAAUUACGACAGCUAGAGGUGUUUCAGUCCUUUGUAGGGGUAGAAACUGUUUUCUGUUACCUUUGCUUAAAACACACUGUGUUCAUUGGCAAGCCUAGACAGAAUCUGCUGACAUUUUUGCUUUUUCAGAACUGUUUUUAAAGGAAUAGAUUUAAAAAUGGUGCAUUGUGUUUAACACAGCUGAGUGUACUACAUUCAUAUUGGUCACUGAAAGCAUUAUUUAAUUAGCCUAAAUAUUUAAUAAAUAAAAACAGGCUGCCAGGCUUUGUGUUCUAUCUGUGCAGAUUCUGUGUGGGCAUGCUCAUUGGGUAUUAUUGACCAUUUCUCUUUGUUUCCAAAUGUAUACUUUAGUUUUAGUAAACUGGGAGGAGUUUUG